AUGCCCAAUUACACCACCAUAAUGGAAUUUAUCCUCAUGGAACUUUCUGAUGUAUGGGAACUACGGGUUUUGCAUGCCAUAUCAUUUUCUUUGAUGUAUUUUAUGACAGUAACGGGGAACAUUCUCAUCGUUACUGUGAUCACCCUGGACAGGAGUCUUCAUACACCCAUGUACUUCUUCCUGAGAAAUCUGUCUAUCUUGGAUGCAUGCUACAUUUCUGCAACAGUUCCAAAUUCAUGCAUCAAUUCCAUACUUGACAGCAGCACCAUUUCAAAGGCUGGAUGUAUAGCUCAGGUUUUUUUAGUGGUUUUCUUUGUAUAUGUGGAGCUUCUGUUUCUUACCAUUAUGGCCCGUGAUCGCUAUGUGGCCAUCUGCCAGCCUCUCCACUACACUGUAAUCAUGAGCCCUCAAAUCUGCAUUCAGUUGACACUAGCCUCUAUACUCAGUGGUCUUAUCUAUGCAGGUGUGCACACUGGCAACACGUUCCGGCUGCCCUUUUGUCAGUCCAAUGUCAUUCAUCAGUUCUUCUGUGACAUCCCCUCUCUUCUGAAGCUAUCCUGCUCUGACACCUUCAGCAAUGAGAUGCUUGUUGUUGCCUCUGGUUUGGGUAUUGGUGGUGGCUGUUUCAUCUUUAUCAUCAGGUCUUACAUUCAUAUAAUUUCUACUGUGUUCAAGUUUCCUAGUGGAGCAGACAGAACAAAGGCUUUUUCUACCUGUAUCCCCCACAUCCUUGUGGUAUCUAUCUUCCUCAGCUCAGGCUUUUAUGUGUACUUAAGGCCAUCUGCAAUCACUGCCACAGUCCAAGACAUGGUCCUUUCUGUUUUCUAUUCCAUAAUUCCCCCACUUUUCAAUCCUAUUAUCUAUAGUCUUAGAAAUGAACAUAUAAAGUGUGCCAUCAAGAAAAUCAUGAAAAGAACAUUUCAAUUAAGAAUUGCAUAG